AUGUUGCCCUACACACUCAUCUCACACGCAAUUUUGUUAAGUUGCGUUGCUGCUUAUAAGCUGGUCAUAUUCGUUCCAUGUGUGGCCAAAAGUCAGGUGGUUUUCAAUAUUCGAGUAGCUGACACUCUGUCUAAAGCAGGACAUGAAGUUACUAUGGUAAUGCUGCAAGUUCUGGACGAAGAUGACACAAAGAUUGUGAAGGUUCCAUCUCAAAUACAAACCUAUUAUCUCAAUGGCUCCUCGGGUGUGAAAAUGAAAGACUUUGAAGAAGAGCAGCAAGAGUUCAUAUAUCAGCUUAGAAAGGAGGGUGUGGCCGGUCAGAGCAACACGUACAAGAAGCCUGAAAUAAACAUCAAAGACUUCCAUUGCCAAGAAGAGUUUUGA